AGCAGAGACAGAACCGAAAUGCAGCCGAACCGGCUUCCACACAAACCAAGAACGAAACACUGCAGCGCAGGUCCAGCGUAAACCCAGAACAGCUGGAGGCGUCUCUGCGAGCUGUCCUAACAAAGAGUCUGCUGUGAUGGGGGAGAGAGGGCUGCUCAUCCUUCUGCUUGCAGGGUUUUGUGUGCCUGCUUACAAUCAGAUCAUUAAACAUGUGUUUGUGAAUACUCUGAAGAGCUGGUCUGAAGCUCAGAGCUACUGUAGAAAGAAUCACACAGACCUGGCCACUGUGCGCAGCCAGGAAGAAGCACAGCAGCUCUUAAAUAUUGCAGGAGCUUCUCUCAAUACUUCUGCCUGGAUCGGGCUUUAUCGUGAUGACACACAGAACUGGCAGUGGUCUAACGGCGAUGAUGUCAUCUACUCCAACUGGAGGGCAGACCUCUUCUGUGCUUCAGUCAAUUCAGAGGGAAAGUGGAUUGAUUUACCCUGCCACCUUCAGAGAGCUUUCAUGUGCUACCAAGAGACCAGCAACAUCACUGAGAGAUACACCCUGAUUGAAGAACUGAAAACCUGGACUGAAGCUCAGCAGUACUGUAGAGAAAACCACACCGACCUCGUCAGUAUAAAGAACGCCAGUGAAAAUGAAGACCUAGUGAAGAAAGCGCAGGGCAAGCCCUUCUGGAUAGGCCUGUUCAAUGAGCCCUGGAAGUGGUCACACCAGGGGGAUAGCUACACAUUUCACUACUGGAGCAAUGAGCAACCAGACAAUUAUAUAGGGAAAGAGAGCUGUGUGGUGAUGAUGACGAGCGGUGAAUGGAAUGAUGCUGCCUGCAACACGCGGUACCCUUCCUUCUGCUGUGAGGGCGGCUCCUCUGGUCAGUGUUUCUAUGAAGGAACUGAGAAGACAUGGCAGGAUGCUCAGAGCUACUGCAGAAACCAAGGCAGAGACCUGCCCACCAUACAAGACCAGGACGGGGUUAAUACGCUUAGAGGUCUUAUACCUACAACUAAUAACACCCAUUUCUGGAUCGGGCUGCAUCAUGACGAAGAGAACUGGCAUUGGUCCAAUGGAGAUGACGUCAUCUACUCCAACUGGGAACCAUACCUCUUCUGUGCUUCAGUCAAUUCUGAUGGAGAGUGGGAGGAUUCAGUCUGCAGUGAGAAGAAAGCUUUCAUCUGCUACAAUGAGACCAGCAUCAUCACUGAGAGAUACACCCUGAUUGAAGUUCUGAAAACCUGGACUGAAGCUCAGCAGUACUGUAGAGAACACCACACUGACCUCAUCAGUAUAAAGAACGCCAGUGAAAAUGAAGACCUAGUGAAGAAAGCGCAGGGCACGUCUGUCUGGAUAGGCCUGUUCAAUGAGCCCUGGAAGUGGUCACACCAGGGGGAUAACUACACAUUUCACAACUGGGGCAAUGGGGACCCAGACAAUUGGGGAGGCAAUCAAAAAUGUGUGAGGAUGCUCAAGAGUGGUGAAUGGAGUGACUAUAGCUGCAACUCUCAGUACCCCUUCUUCUGCUAUGAUGAAGCAGAACCCUUGAGCCCCCCUUCCACUCUGGUCUCUCAAGAUGCAGAAUCCUCGAGCCUCCCUUCCACUCCGGUCUCUCAAGAUCCCAAAACCACAAGCCCCCCUUCCACUCUGGUCUCUCAAGAUGCAGAACCCUCGAGCCCCCCUUCCACUCCGGUCUCUCAAGAUCCCAAAACCACAAGCCCCCCUUCCACUCCGGUCUCUCAAGAUCCCAAAACCACAAGCCCCCUUUCCACUCUGGUCUCUCAAGAUGCAGUACCCUCAAGCCCCCCUUCCACUCUGGUCUCUCAAGAUCCCAAAACAACAAGCUCCCCUUCCACUCCGGUCUCUCAAGGCACUCCAGUCCCUGAGGAUCUCCACCUGAUCUCUCACAGUAUGGUCUGGAUGGAGGCUUGGCAGUACUGCAGGGAUCACUACACUGACCUAGUGAGCCUCACAAGCCUGGCUGCACAGAACAGAGUGUCGGAGCUCGUCAGGAACAGCACUGCGUCGCGAUUCUGGAUCGGCCUGCACAGAACCGUUGUGUAUCAUAACUGGUUCUGGGUUGCUGGUAAAGAUAAGAAGGGGCUCCUAAACUACACUAACUGGGCCCCUGGGGAGCCCAACAAUCCUUACUAUGAGCACUGUGGGGAGAUGGUGCUGAGGGAGGAUGGGGGGGCUGAGUGGAAUGAUCUGUGCUGUUAUGCAAAGCUCCCCUUUAUCUGUUUCAAAGAUUAACAACACCCCUAAAAGGGUGUACAGCAGUGGUUCUAAAUCUGUAGUUGGGACCCCUUUUAACGUCACUUUAGUCUGAAAAAAAACCCAUUUACUAAUAAAUUAUAGAAAUAUCUAAAUCUGAAUGAUAUUGUAUAAGCAAUGUGUGAAUAAUAAGCAACUCGAAGUCUUGUAUGUGACAGAGUUUGCAAUGCCAUGUCUGCUCUCUAUAAAGAGCUGCUGCAAUGCACUGCAGCCAUUGCGGAUGAUAGGUCUGCUUGUGAUGUGGUUGCUUGAAACCUUCCUGUGAACCCCCAGGGUUUCCAACCCCCAGUCUGAGAACCACUGUCUCCACAGAACCCAGAGCUUUACUAUAGGAGUAAUACACCAAAAUACUAUAGAAGAAAAUGCUAUGUAGCAAUCUUUAAUGAUAUACCUUAUUCUGAUAUUUCAUUGUAGUUGUUUAAUAUCCUAUUGUGUGUGUUCUGUGUGAUUCUCUAUUGUUUCAACAAAGAGCAUCAUCUGCCGUGCUUACUAACUAGUCCAGAAAAAUGCCUCCUGAAAAGACUCCACAAGGCUGAUUGUAAUGAAGCAAGGUGGGGAAGCAUAAUAGUUCAUACCCCCCUGCUGCUGCAGGUAGUCUCAGCAGCGUGCCUGUUUAGUGCACACCAGAUUGACACAAAGAGAGACCAGAAAGCUUCAAGGAGGGAGGAAUCUUGUGUGCCUGCAGAUUAAACUACCUGCCUCUGGGGAAUGCAAACAAACUGGACAGCCAACAGGGCCUGGUUUCUGAUGAAGCAGAUUGCAGCUCAUGCUAAUCUGAUGAGGAAUGUAGUAAAGAGACACACUGUAAUUCUAUUUUAAUAUGAUGCUACAUCUUUCAAUAUAUUGAAUAAGUCCUGCCUCACUCUUUAUAUUCUACAUUUCUGAGUGUAUCUGCCAUUAUAAAAUGAA